AUGGAUAGUGGUCACGAUGAUUUAUAUCCAUUGGCCUUACUAAUGGACGAAUUGAAGCAUGAUGAUGUUUCUAACAGGGUAGAAGCUAUGCAAAAGUUGGAUACUAUUGCAAUUGCUUUGGGACCGCAAAGAACAUUGAACGAAUUAUUACCGUUUUUAAAUGACGUAGCUCAGGACGAUGAAGAAGAAGUUUUUGCUGUUUUGGCAAAUAAAUUGGGAGAUUUUGUUCCAUUAAUUGGGGGACGUGAAAACUGCGAGCCAUUGAUUCAAAUUUUGUUAAUUUUGGCUUCAAUGGAAGAGCCUAUUGUGAGGGACAAGGCAAUCGAUUCGUUGAACAACAUCAGUCUUGAAUUAGCACACGAUCAAUUGAUUGAAAUUUUUUUGCCUAUGAUCCAAUCAUUGAGCCAAGGUAACUGGUUUUCCAAGAAGAUUGCUAGUUGUGGUUUAUUUAAAUCUAUCAUAAUUAAGGUUGACUCCAGUACUAGAAGAGACUUGUUAAACGUUUUCUAUAAGUUGAUAUGCGACGAGUCGCCAAUGGUUAGAAGAAGCGCUGCUAACAGUUUACCAAAUUUAAUCAAUAAAUUAACCUGGUUUACGGAGAAUUAUCCUAACAACGAAGACAAGGUUACCAAUAAAGACUGGGAAAUUAUUUCACAAUUAUUCCAACAUCUUAUCAACGAUGAACAAGAUUCAGUUAAGUUCUUAAGUAUUGAUGUUUUAAUUUCUAUCUUAGAUUUUUUCCAACAGGUCAACGACCAAAGUCAUAAUUCGGAAUUUUUAAUUAGUUCGUUGAAAUUAAUAAAUGACGAAAGCUGGAGAGUUAGAUACACUGCAGCAGACAGAUUCGGCAAGAUUGCUAAGAACUUUGCAACCGAUGAAAGCGACUUGUCAAAGUUAAUCGAUCCUUUUAUUUCCUUAAUGAAUGAUAAUGAAGGUGAAGUUAGAAAGGCCAUUGCUAAGCAAUUACCUGAAUUCUGUGAAUUAUUGAGUAAUUUCCCAACAACUAACCAAGCAAUUUUAAAUAAGAUCAUCCCAAUUGUGAAUAAAUUGAGUCAAGAUCCUCAUGAAAAUGUUAGAUCAUCAUUAGCAUCGUCAAUAACUAAUUUAUCCCCAAUAUUGGGAAAACAAUCUACCAUAGAUAACCUUUUACCGAUAUUUUUAGUUAUGUUGAAGGACGAGUUCCCGGAAGUAAGAUUAAACAUAAUCUCGAACUUAUCCGUUGUCAAUGAAAUAAUUGGUAUUAACUUAUUGUCUAUUAAUCUCUUACCGGCCAUCACUGAAUUAGCUCAAGAUAAUAAAUGGAGAGUUAGGUUAGCUAUAAUUGAAUACAUUCCAAAAUUAGCUAAUCAAUUAGGUGAAUCGUUUUUCAAUGAUGAAUUAUUGACAUUAUGCAUGUCUUGGUUAUGGGACCCAGUAUUUGCAAUUAGAGAUGCUGCAGUUAAUACUUUGAAAGAGCUUACUAUUAUAUUUGGUUCAGUUUGGGCAGAUAAUGAAAUUAUCAAUAGGUUAUUGAAUAACAAUAAUAGCGGAAAUGAAAAUAUAGAUGAGGAUAACAAGAUUGAUUACUCAAAUUUCAUCAUCAGAAUAACAUGCUUGUUUGCAAUCACCAAAUUAAUUCCUGUGAUGAAUAAUGAUAUUAUAGUAUCUAAAUUAUUACCUUUUAUUAAUAACUUUAUUGAUGAUUCCGUCCCAAAUAUUAGAUUCAAUAUUGCAAAAUCUUAUUUAGUAAUUGCUGAGACUUUAGUUAAAUCAAAGGACAAUGGUGCUCAGAAGUUAAUUAAUAAUGAAAUAUUACCAAAUUUACAAAAAUUGCAAAGUGAUGACGACGUUGAUGUUCGAUUUUUUGCUAGCAAGAGUAUUCAGGGUAUUAAGGAUUUAAACUAA